CGCUCAACCCCGCAGCAAAAAGGGCGUUUCUUACAAUCAGCUACCGUCUCAUUAGUAUGGCAUCCUCUUACCUGUAAGUGAGGGUCGAAAACUGCAGCCAGAAUAUUCAAGGGCUUUUCUCCGACAGUCUCCUUGUUAGUGCAGUAACUAUCAAGACCCAGUCACAGACCACUUCCAAUCAUCUUCCAGUGUUCCACCACCAUCGAACAUGUCUAUCGAGAACUCAAGACUGUGCUGCUUCUGUCGUAACCUCGAGCCCAUAGACAAACCAUGUCCUUCGAUCUCGAAACAACCAACUCAGGCUUUCCACAGCGGUAUAAAUAAUAUCACGAAGCCAUGGACGAAGCAAGAUGAAGAUCUCCUUGAACGGCUCCGCCAACGCCCAAGCAAGCUCUGUCAACGAUGCGCCAAAUUCGAUAUCAUUCGCGUUUUCAACGAAGCCAAUCCUUUGGAUGAAAGCCAAAGAGGCAGUCUAGAAAAGGCCCAGUAUGUUCAACACGCUGAAAGACAGGACCCAUACAGACUACGCUUCGGUCUUCUGUCAGAGUUUCACAUGACUCCUUCUUGCCCACUAUGUCGGUUGCUCUAUCGACUCAUUCCUAGACCGCCACCUGAGCACGAUACUUCUGUUCUAACUCUUAUUCCCUAUCGAUGGUAUAUCCGACAGGACCAUUGGGAAGGCGUUCCGGAAGAUGAUAAGCGAAAGUUCGCAAUUUGGUUUGGUCUUUCAACGCCUGGUCUUUAUAUGUCUGGUCCUAGCUUCUUUAAUGCGGGUCAGCAGUUGAGAGUCGCCAUGAUGAUAGGUGAAGCAAUAGCCAUGCAUCCGAGUUCUUCUUCAGAGGAACUUUACAAUGCGAGGGUUAUCGACGGGAUGGUUGACGUUGAUCACAUUAAAAGGGGCCUUGAGCAUUGUCAGAACCAUCACUCAGAGCAAUGUAAUGCCAAGUUUGACAAAGGCCUGCUCAUUACCAAAAUGCUUGACGUUGAUACCCGAAAAGUGGUUGAUUGUCCUGAUAACUGUGACUAUCUAGCUCUCAGCUAUGUCUGGGGCGAUAUACAUCCCGCCGAUGGGGCUUUGGAGGCUGGGACACUUCCUCAGACGAUCGAGGAUGCUAUCACUCUGACCAAGAAGCUUGGGAAGCGAUACCUAUGGGUUGAUGCCCUCUGUAUUGAUCAAAGUCCCAAUCCAACGCCCGAACAAGCAGCCACCAAAGCUAAGCAACUUCAACUCAUGCACCUGAUCUAUUACUGCGCCACGAUAACUAUUUUCGCUGUCGCUGGUCCACACUCCGACUACGGCAUUCCUGGAAUCUCAAAGCCACGUGUGGGAUCUACACGAGAGCGCAUCAACGGAAAGGAUCUAGUGGUCGUCCCUCCGCAGGUCAUGACAGAGAUCAAGUCUUCUGUUUGGCAGACUCGAGCUUGGACCUGGCAAGAGGAUGUUCUCUCUACAAGAAAGUUAUACUUGACAGAGACGCAAUGGAUAUUACAGUGUAAUGAGACACUGGGACCGAGUGAUUAUGCUGAGGCGCAUGAUACAGCUGUGGAUCUUACUUGGACAAUGGUUUCUGGUGGGAAGAUGAAAGCUGAUCACGUCGAGGCCACAAACACCGAGUUCCUCGAUCGAACUUCCUCGAUGUUCAUAUCAACGGUAACAACAUACACCUCACGCUCUCUCACCAACGACGGUGACUCUCUGAAUGCCUUCCAAGUCGGUCUAGCGCGUUACGGCAAACCAGUAUACCCUGAAGGCUUUGAAUGGGGAAUGCCACUCAAAGAAUUUCCUCAGUCACUAGCCUGGAUCCACGACCAUACAGUCAAGCCAACACGCAGAGCUGCAUUUCCAAGCUGGAGUUGGGCCGGUUGGGGUGGAACUGUGCAGUAUCCCACUGACCUUACUGAAACAGUUACCGAGAGCGGUGAUCUCAUUCCGCGGAUGGUCAGUAUUGAUGACAAGAUUGUUACGCUCGAAGGAUGGAUUGUAACGCUUGACAUUCGAACUGAACCGUUCAGUGAGGUGGUUAUACCUGGGACAGAUCAGGCCAUUGGAUGUGUUACGGAGAGGAAUUUUAAGCAUAACAUGACUUUACUGACGGGGAGAUAUCGUUGCUUAGUUGCGGCGAGACUCAAAAAAGGGACCUUGCGGAAUGGGUUGGAGAAUCAGUUGGUCUUCUUGGUAGUUUUGAAAGGCGAUAAGGAUGUUGAGAUUGAAGAGAGGCAGACAGCUAUCACAGUGAGCAGGCUGGCUAUUGAAGGAAAGGACUUUAUGGAGUUUGGUCCAAAGAAGACAUUUAUCAAGAUGAAGUAAAUCAGAUCUGCGCUUAGAAUAUAAAGACAAAGUUUCUUCAUUGACCAAUCUAUA